UUUGAAAUUGAAUUUGCACGAGCAAUAUUGGAGAAAUUAUUGGAGUUUGUCCUCAAAGGGGGAUUAUAUUGAUUGUUAGAUCACCGUAGAUGCUACUGAUCGAUUGAUCCUCAAAUCUUAUUGGAAUAUUUUACUCUAUUGGGUAGAUUUUGGUAUCUUUGCUGGAUCAGCAAUUAAUAUCAAGGAAAUUAUUAUUUCGCUCAUUGUUGAUUACUUUCAGUUUUUUCUCACUUCCUCCAAAUGCAGGACUGCAGAUAUUAUUCACUCUGUUCCUUCCUGGAGGAUUGAUGUUUGGAGUAUGUUGGAGAGUGUGUUCUGAGAGAGAUAGUUUAAACUUUUUUGAUGUAGUAGGUCUAGGCCAGAAGUCCAGGCUCUGGAGGAAACAAUAGAAGCAAUUAUCAAGUGGAUUACUAGGAUAUAUUUGGAAUAAAAUUUUACAGCAAGACUGACGAAAACGAUGAGCAAUUCUAAGAAACUAGAAUAGAAAACCAAACAAAAAUCAAAUAAGUUUCAGAUUCAGGAAUAAUUGGGAGGAUAUACUAACAUAGGGAGUUAUGAGAAGUAUGAGGAGAUAUAGUUGUCCGGGUGGUAGGAUAGGUGGUGUACCAUCUGUGAUCUUAAGGGACGUCUCCUCAGCAUCUAACCUAUCCCAGGUACCAGAGCUGUUUAGUGCAAUAAGGGAAGCAACCAAGGAUCUAAAGGACAAUCCAACAAUAAAGACCGGCCGAUCCUUCGAUGAUUUACAAGAUCGCACAGGAAGUCAAGUUUACGAGGUUCUAUACACUGGUAAAGUUACGGUAUCUGAGAAAAAAGCGCCACCUACUUUUAUCGAUAUUGCAGUUGAACAAUUUAAGAAUCAUGAAUUACAGAGGGAAAGGGCGGAAAGACGUCGCAGGAAUAGCAGUGGAAGUAACGCAGGUUUACGCUCUCAGGAAAAUGGUAUCCACGAUAGUCAAUCAAUGUCGAAGCUGUUGUCCCGGAGUCAGGACGAUCUACUUGAUGGUUCUGAUAAUUUUAAUAACAAUGGAACUGGAGGUUUAACAGAUUCAACUGAAGUAAAUCCAAAAACUAAAAUCAUUGCCUUAGACAAUAUCAGCUUGGCUGGUAGUGUUUUUGGGAGCUCCCAGGAUGAAACUGACGCUCAAAAUGAAUCUAAACCAAAACAGGAGAAGACUGUUGCUAAAGAAGGGAGGGUUAGGCGUAACAGAACAAUGGUGUUACAGAUUGGUAGCACAGAUUUAUGCCUCGUUAGUCCAGAUAAGAAGAGUAUUAUACUAGAAAGAAGAUUUAAAGACAUUUCUUUCUGUUCACAGGGUAUUAAGCAUCCAGAUUACUUUGGUUUCAUCUCAAGAGAGCCUAGCACUGGAAGAUUCCUGUGUUAUGUCUUCCAAUGUGCUACAGAGGGAGUGGUGGAGAGUAUAAUGACAACAUUAAAACAGUCCUUCCAUAACGCAUUCCAACAAAGCGCCAAGAAUAACAUUGUCUGUGAGAGGUGCCCUAUGCAUCAAUUACAUAAGCUCUGCCUAGAGGUUGAAGGCAUGGCACCUGAAAAGAUAUUUGAUGUUAUCCAGGCCAGGAUAGAUCAACUUGGAGAGAAGGAACAGGCGGAAAUUGUUACACGAUUUAAGGAGGAGAAUCCCCAGAGUUAUGAGGAAAUGAAUGAAGUUCUGAUGUCAUCGCUGAGACAGAUUUGUGAGGCAAGGCAACAGGAACAUGUCCACAUUAGUGCCUAUAAUGAAGAAAAAUCGAAAACAUCUGAGUUUCACCUCAUGGAUAAUGCAAAGAAAACGGCGUCCAUAUUUGAUAGUCUCAAAACCAAAGCUAAAAAGUCUCUUGCCCUAUCCUUUGAGAAUCUUCUGAAGGCUGGUUCAAAGAAAGAAAAGUUUCCUCACUUUCGUCAGAGGAGUUUCACAUCUGAAUCGCUUGCUAGUCACGCAUAUGACCCCUCGACAUCACCUUCUGGGAAACGGUCUCCGGGAAUUCCAUCUCCAAAGAGAUCACCAUCUACAGAAGGCAAUCCAAUCCUCGACACAAUCGUGAAUGAGUCUCGGCGCCCGAGAAGUUCGACGAUAGGAAGUACUCUGGAUGAUAACCAGUUGAAGGCACUCCAGCAUUCUAGACUGCUUGAAAUUAAAACUGAACAGAAACAGGAUAAACCUGUCGCUCAAAAGAGUCCACCUAGAAGUAGAAAAUCCAUGUUUAUUCAAGCAAGUGCUCUUCCUGAUGGAAGUCACAUGAGUUCAGGUUCUACUUCUCCGUUGCUAUCCCCUGGGUCAGGCUGCACAACCCCUGCUGAGCACCACACCCCACCAGAGACCCCCACAGGCCAUGAUGCAGCAGAGACCAAUCAGGUCACUCCUGCUGCUGGUGAGGCACGUCGCAGACGGCAGUCAUACAGGAUGGGGAUAUUCAACAAAGUUGUGACUCCUGCAAGACACAGUCGUAGAGAAUCACACAGUAUAACAGAUGAUUUACUGGAGAAUGAUCCCUGGCAUCCACCUGAAGGGAGAAGGUUCUCCUGUAAGGAAGACAUCCAUAUGCUUUGGAAGAAAGCAAUCCAGGAUACCAUACUGCUGAUCAGAAUGGAGAAAGAGAACCACACUCUUCAAGUUCAAUCAGCCCAUGAUGACCUGCAAACAAUGGGAAUGCUGUAUGAAUCGGUAUCAAGGGCUCGUCAAGAUGCUGUGCAAGCCAAGCGUGUCAAACUGGACUACCAUGAAAUUACACCAUGUCUGAAAGACGUCACAAAACAGUGGGAUGAGAUGCUACAUACACCGAACCGUGAAAAGACUCUGUUUGAAUACCACAGGCUUAAAGAGUGUAUAUGUAAAGGUGUACCAAGGACCAGACGAGGAGAUGUUUGGGAGUUGAUGAUUGAACAACAUAAACUUCACAACCCAUCAGUAGGGGACCCUAACGUAGAACUAGCCAUACCUUACCAUGAACUCCUUAAACAGUUGACCACUCAGCAGCACGCAAUACUCAUUGACCUAGGACGUACAUUUCCCAGUCAUCCCUACUUUGCUGCUCAGUUGGGACCAGGCCAGUUAGCUUUGUUUAAUUUGUUAAAAGCCUACAGUCUCCUUGACCAAGAAGUUGGAUACUGCCAGGGCCUUAGCUUUGUAGCAGGAAUACUUCUAAUGCAUAUGGGUGAAGACAGCGCCUUUGAGGCUAUGAAGUAUGUCAUGUUCAACCUAGGCUUCCGUAAACAAUACCGUCCUGAUAUGACUUCACUACAGAUCCAGAUGUAUCAGCUUUCACGUUUGAUCCACGAUCGUCACAAGGAUUUAUAUGACCAUUUUGAGACCAAUGAGAUCGUCCCAACGCUGUAUGCUGCACCAUGGUUUCUUACUCUCUUUGCAUCCCAGUUCCCACUGGGUUUUGUGGCCAGAGUCUUUGACCUACUCUUCCUUGAGGGCAUGGAGGUGAUAUUUAAGGUUGCCUUGGUGUUGCUAGGAGAACACAAAGAGCUCAUCAAACAAUGUGAGAAUUUUGAAACUGUGGUUGAUUUCCUGAAAACGACCCUUCCAGACAUGAGUCUAGUCCAGAUGGAGAGAAUUAUCAAUGAGGUGUUCAAAAUGGAAAUAUCCAAACAGCUGAUCGCAUAUGAGAUAGAAUACCACGUCCUACAGGAGGAAAUGGUCACGUCACCUCAGAUGGGUGACAGCGAACUUUUCCACAAAGUAAACAACCUUAAACGUCAAAACAUGGAACUCUUGGAGCAGUUACAAAAUUCCCAUAGUAUUAAUCAUUCCUUAGAGUCUAAGAUAAACUCAAUGCAGGCUACUGAACACCAACUAAGCUCACGUGUAAAGACUUUAGAGUUGGAGAGAACAGCAUUAUUGAACACUGUUGCUAAGCUACGAAAACUCAUCCCCGAGGAGAUAUUAGAUCAAGAAGACAUCAUGGCUGAUUUAAAUAUUCCAUAUGAGGGCUCAGGGGAUGCAUCAUCAGGCCAUAUUAACCAAUCACCUUUGAGAACUGUUAGUUACCAUGGUGAUGUGAGAGCGAGGCGCUGUCAGGAUUCUGAUGAUGAAGUUGCCAAAUUGACCAAUCAAAAUGCUGGACUAUUUCAAAAUGGUGAUAGUCCAAAGCAUUCAGGAUACAGUCGAACUGUCUCUAAUAAGUUUUAGAUUUUAGUUUGGAUUUAUCCCAAAGGGGGAUGGAGGUCAUACUUUCAGUGUGAUCAAUUGUUGACAUUAUUUAGACCAUGCCUCAUUUCUUCCUGGCUUACGCAACAAAAUUCCAUUUAAGUUUGCAGUUUUGAAUAAUUUUGAAUACAUGUAUGUCUUUUUAGUUCUGAACGUGCAAUUUAUUAUUUCCUCAUGUAAAAUAUUAUACAACCAUAAAGCAUUGUUAUUUUCUAAUGUGCAAAUAGAUUCAGAUUAAUGUGCAAACAGAUUCAAUGUUUUACUUCAUCGAACUUUUCUCCUGAAAUUUUUUUCAAAUUAGAUUUACUUAAAUGUACAUGUACAAUACUCUGCCUGCUGUUAACCCGAGGCUGUGAUUUUCAUUUAUGUCAUCUCCACAACUUAAUGUGUUCAAGAUAAAAACUUGCAUAUUUUAUUCUUGCCUUACUACUUCCCUCAAACAUGCAAGUUUCCAUAUUGCAUACAAUCAGUUAUGAUGGAAAAUUUCUAUUUUGUGGCGUUGGCUCUUAUUAUAAUGAAAUAUUCCAUCUUUUCAAACAAGGCUUAUUUUCAACCUGCCAAUAUUAGAAGUUGUUUGGUAUAUAUAUGGGAGGGGGUUUGAUAUUUUAUCAGAUAAUUUUUAGUCAGGCUUUUUUAUAUACCCAUUGUUUGAUUUUGAAUGAGCCUUUAAUAGGUCAAGUUUGAGACGAGGCUUUAAUAGGUGGAGUUUGAGAUGAUACUUUAAUAGGUGGAGUUUGAGAUGAGGCUUUAAUAG